AUAGCGCGAUGAAUAACCUCAUUGCAAAGAAGCGUCCAGAUCCGGUGGCGGAUUCACUGAAGCAGUUGUUAAAGGCCAACUCUCCGACGGAGAUGCGGGACAUUGCGGCACGGAUCUGUCGGGACUAUUUGACCGGUGCGUGGAAAACGAUAUCCGCCGAUGAGUUGCAGCUGAAGCGUAUCAGCGGUGGACUGUCCAACUUCCUGUACUACGUCAGCCUUCCGGAGCAUCACUAUUACAACAAUAACAAUGGUGGAACAAAAUCGAAUCCCAACUCGCGGAGAGGUUCCUUCGCAUCGGACCGCAUCGUUACGAAGACGUCCGGUAAGGCUAGAAAUGGUAGUAAGCGAGCCCGGAAGGAUAGUUGUGCUGGAUUGCUGGAACCGAAAGAGGUGCUGCUAAGAAUUUACGGUCAAACGCACGGGGAACAUGCACUGGAAACGAUGCUCACCGAAUCGGUAGUCUUUACACUGCUUAGCGAACGCAAACUGGGUCCAAAGCUGCACGGCAUCUUCCCCGGUGGCCGUAUCGAGCAGUACAUUCCGGCCCGGGCACUUUUAACAGCGGAACUAAGUGAUGCAAAAAUAUCGCUCAAAGUAGCGGAAAAGAUGGCCGCCAUCCACAGUAUGGACAUACCGGUAUCGAAGGAACCGGACUGGAUCUGGAACAAGAUGAACCGCUGGUUGAAGGGAAUCACGGGCAUACUGGAAACGAUCGAGCGUGAUCGUGCGAACGGUAAUACUGUGGUGAAGGGAGCAAUGGGUAAUGGGGACCAAUCGACGGGGAACACCGCCAAGCAGCAGGAGCAGGAGGACGAAAGCAUACUGACCGAGAUGGAUCUGGCGGGUGAGGUAGAAUGGUUACGAUCGGUGGUGGAGAGCGAAGAUUUUCCGGUCGUCUUUUGUCACAACGAUUUGCAGGAAGGCAACAUACUGCUGAGGCAGGACUUUACAACGAUGCACGACACCAGUACCUAUCGCGAAUGUUCAACGUUGGAUAACUUUGACGAGUCCACGCAGCUCGAUUCGCAUUUCAGUAGCAUCCUUAUAUCGAACGGUGUGGUGCCGCCUAACAAUGAAUCAAUUACUACAACCGAUGGAGGAAAUAUUCAUCUGAACCGAAUUUCGAGGAAACGCUCGCUGGAUCACGAUUCGAUGGAGAACGAUUUGGAUAAUACGCGCGAUUCCGUGCUGAGCGGCAACUCGCAAGCCCUCUCCGAUGCCAACUCCGCCUCGGACGGUGAACCGGAACUGAUGAUCAUCGAUUUCGAGUACUGUGCCUACAACUAUCGCGGGUUCGAUCUGGCCAAUCACUUCCUCGAGUGGACGUUCGAUUACACCAAUGCGCAGUCCCCAUACUUCUACCACAAGCUGGACCAGUAUCCAUCCGUCGAGCAACAGGAAAAAUUCAUCGUCGAGUACCUGAGCCAUCUAGCGCCACCGGAAGAUGGCGACGAGGAGGAAGAAGGACGCUCCAAACUGGGUUCGGCGACGGGCAGUGAGAUAGACGAGAUCGAGCAGGUUCGUCGAGAGGUGCAGUGUUUCACCAUGGCGUCCCACCUGUUCUGGAGUCUUUGGGCAAUUGUGAACGUGUACCAGGAGAUUGAGUUUGGAUACAUGGAGUACGCCAUUUGCCGACUAAAGCAGUACCAACAGGCGAAAAAGUGCUACCUCGAAACGAUGCACACUGGCGAAGAGCAAACACCGGUAGAUCCGGAGAAAUGA